UCUUACAGUGAAGACAAAACUAAAAAAAUUAAGAGAAAACUAAAAUUUUUAAAAGAAAUUGAAGAAAAUUCUAAAAGAAAUUAGAGAAGAACUUAUGGAAUAAAUAACUUAACAGUUUAUAAACAAAAGCUAAUAAAGUGUUUUGAAAGAAAAAAUAUAUUAAUUUUAGCCAAAGUGUUAAUUGAAUAAAACUUUGAAAAAAAAAAACUAUUGUUUAUUAGGAAUUUUUUGAAAACGAUUUUUAAGAAAAAUCUUUAAUAUUGUUGUUGAAUUUUUUUUAUACAAAAUGUGGCAUUUUACAGUGUUAAUUUGUUAUUGUUUAAUAGUGGUGAUUAGUGCUGUGCCCUCAAAACGUUCUACUUUACUACUCGAUAACUCUGAUACUCAUACCGAAUUGGUGGAUCGUAAUAACCGCGAACAUGUCUUGCAAAUCUUUAAUUUGACCGAAGCUCAAAUGAGCCGCAUUUCGGCCGGCAUUAAUGCCAAUAACAAAGAGUCUGAGGCUGACGGAAGGACCAUGCAAUAUUUUAAUAAUAUACGAGAAUUUCGCAUAAACGACAUUAGAAAUCGCAUUAGUAAUGCCAUACAAAAUGUCAAUUCCGAGGAGAAUCAAGAACAACAUCCUCUACAUGAAAUGGCUGCCUAUCCGAUUUGUAAUUCAGAAGCUACCGAUUCGUCUUGGCUGCAAGACAACAAUAUCACCAUACAAUUCUCACAAACUCUAUUCGAGCAGAGAAAAGAUUUGAAUUUGGAUUCGGCCAUAUUGAGAUUGUAUAAACUAAAUCCUAAUAAUACCAAUGAUCAUAAGAAUAACAAUAACAGUCAAAAUAAAGAGCCCAAAAAUACCGAUGACGAAACGGAAGGUGAAGAGACAACCAAGCUAAAGAGAUGUGCUGAACCAACUAUGGAUGCUCAAAUACGUGUUACCGUUUCAAUUGUCCAGCAAAUGCGUCGUAACAAACGUGGUGUGUAUGAACGCAAGAAGCGCAUUUGCAACACUGUCAUGAUGAAUGUUUCACAAACUGGUUGGGUGGAAAUUGACAUCAAACGUGCCAUUUACAUUUGGGAAGAGACCGCCAAGCAAUUGCAACAAACUCAACAGAAUCGUUCUCCCGUUCUUGUGGGCUGGCUUAUGAUUGAAGUUCACGAUGAGGAAGAGCAGCCCUUGAAGCCGGGCUUGUUCUUUAAGCCACCAAAUUGCAACCAGGCAGAUAUUGCAAUCCCAUGGAUAUACAGACCGGACACGUCUAUGCCUUCAUUUGCAACGCACGAAGUGCCAAGGUACCCAAGAUUAGACGUCAAAAUGAUUGGAUACGCCUCAUUUGCGCCCAUCAAUCAGAAACACAAUAAGGACGAAGAAGGAAUGUAUGCUAAUCUUACGUCAAUCUUUAAUAUGACCCAUGAAUUACACGAUACCGAAUCGACCACAUAUUUAGCACCAACCGCCGACAAUCACUUGGAUCCCAACGAUAAUACGGCCUCAAUAAAUGAGGAAAAGGAAAUGCAGCAACAACUACACCGGGCACUUUCAACAUAA